UUUAUUUUUCUCAUUUUUGCUUUGAACUUUAAAAUACUUCUCCACAAAGAAAAAAGUCCCAUCAACUCCAGAUUUUUUCACUUCUUCCGAUCCUUAAUAAAAAUCUCCAUUUUUUUUCUUUUAGCUUUCUGCUUCCCUAGGAUUUGUUUUUUUCAAAGGCAAGCAGCCGCCACUAUGUCGUUGAGACCGAGCACGAGAACCGAGGCCCGCCGCAACCGCUACAAGGUGGCGGUUGACGCCGAGGAAGGCCGUCGUAGAAGGGAAGACAACAUGGUCGAGAUCCGUAAAAGCAAGCGCGAAGAGAGUUUACUAAAGAAACGCCGCGAAGGCCUACAAGCUCAACAAUUCGCUGCUUCUCUUCACUCCUCUAAUGUCGAAAAGAAGCUGGAGAGUCUUCCUUCGAUGGUUGCUGGCGUUUGGUCCGAUAACGGUGCUGCACAGCUGGAGGCGACUACUCAGUUUCGAAAAUUGCUUUCGAUUGAGCGAAGUCCUCCAAUUGAGGAAGUUAUACAGUCAGGCGUCGUUCCCCGUUUUGUUGAGUUCCUUGGUAGGGAAGAUUUUCCACAGCUUCAGUUUGAGGCUGCUUGGGCGCUUACGAAUAUUGCUUCUGGAACCUCAGACAAUACAAAGGUAGUAAUUGAUCUUGGUGCUGUUCCGAUUUUUGUAAAGCUUCUUGCUUCACCAAGUGAUGAUGUCCGCGAGCAGGCUGUGUGGGCAUUGGGGAAUAUUGCUGGUGAUUCCCCUAGAUGCCGUGAUCUUGUUCUCAGUCAUGGAGCUUUGAUGCCUCUAUUAGCACAGUUAAAUGAACAUGCUAAGCUGUCAAUGCUGAGAAAUGCGACUUGGACAUUAUCAAAUUUCUGUAGGGGCAAGCCACAGCCUCCAUUUGAGCAGGUGACACCAGCUCUACCUGCGCUUGAACGUCUUGUUCAUUCAAAUGAUGAAGAAGUUCUGACUGAUGCCUGUUGGGCUCUCUCAUAUCUGUCUGAUGGUACAAAUGACAAAAUUCAAGCUGUGAUUCAAGCAGGAGUUUGCCCACGCCUUGUCGAGCUCCUGCUCAGCAAUCCAUCUCCUUCAGUGCUCAUUCCUGCUCUUCGUACUGUUGGAAAUAUUGUGACUGGAGAUGAUUUACAGACUCAGUGUAUUAUUGAUCAUGGUGCAUUAGCAUGCCUUAUGAACCUAUUGACCAAUAAUUAUAAAAAGAGUAUAAAGAAGGAAGCAUGCUGGACUAUCUCAAACAUUACAGCUGGAAACAAGGAACAGAUUCAGGCUGUGAUCAAUGCUGGAUUAAUUGGGCCCCUGGUCAACCUACUUCAAAAUGCUGAAUUCGAUGUAAAGAAAGAAGCGGCAUGGGCAAUUUCAAAUGCUACUUCGGGUGGUGCCCAUGAGCAAAUCAAGUACAUGGUCAGUCAAGGAUGCAUAAAACCACUGUGUGAUCUUCUUGCAUGCCCUGAUCCAAGAAUUAUAAUGGUCUGUCUAGAGGGGCUGGAGAACUUUUUGAAGGUUGGUGAAGCUGAGAAGGCCACGGGUGCUGUAGAAUUUAACUUCUGUGCCCAACUGAUAGAAGAUGCUGAUGGUUUAGAGAAGAUUGAAAAUCUACAGACUCAUGAUAAUAGUGAGAUAUAUGAGAAGGCAGUCAAGAUUCUCGAGACUUACUGGCUGGAGGAGGAUGAAGAGACGCUACCUCCUGCUGACGGUACUCAGCAAAGUUUUCAGUUUGGGGAGAAUGGGCUUCAAGUUCCAUCCGGUGGAUUCAACUUCAGUUGAAGGGUUUAUACAAUAAACAGUUCGUAAUGCGGGUUACGACUGAUACUUGGGUUUGGUCAGGGCACCCUGAUGUGUCUGGUUACAUAAAAGUCUGUCCAGAGUCCACUGUUGUGAAGAAGGUGCUUGGGUAAGUCUAUUGAGACCUGGUUUCCGGUACAGAGGGGAAUAGGUACCAUUGUGACCAGAAAAGUUGUGGGCAAGGUAUUUUGCUCGUCUUAAACCAAAAAAAUUACAUGUGAAAUAGUACAAUGCAAGGCCUUGGGAGGUGUUUCUUAAGCUUGUCACUGUUUAUACAGCGACCCUUUAGUGUAAACGGGCAUGCUGGUUUACCAGGUUUCGGUAUUUGCCUCACAGUUGUUUUGAGUCCAGAGUUUUUCGGGUUUUAGAAGGUCAGUAUUUGUUGUCUCGUACCAUAACGUGAUAUGAUAGUGUUGAUUAAUAGUACAAGAGUGGUAAAUGGGUUAAAAUUUCUAUAGAAGUACGAUACACAUCAAAUGUGAUAAAAUGUGUCAUGUUAAGAUUCGUAUUACGUUCAAAACCAUAUUUUAUUUUCCAUUUAUAUUUUAAUUUAUUUAAAAUAAAAACAGCUGUGAUAAAA